ACAGUACAGUGUUUCUUAUAACAAUAAUUAUCCAGAAUGAGACUGGAACCAACAAUAAUGGAUUUAGGAGUUUCAAAAUACUUCAACUACUGUGUAUUUUGGCUUUCAAGCUUUGGUAGUAAAUUUGUAUUUUAAUUAUUAUUAUUAUUAUUAUUAUGCCUACUUUCAUUAAUUAAUUAAAGAAAUAUAGAUCUUGAAAUGGAUGGGACUUGAUCCAGAUUUGUUGUGUCUGCAAUUUGCUUGAUAAAUGAUAAUAAUAUCACAGUAAUGCAAACACAGUGCAACUACAAGUGCUUGCUUCAAUUAACACACUCACACUCAGAAAGCAUAGCUUCAGUUGGAUAGUCGAAUCUAAUCUAAUAAAUUUGAUUUUACUAUAAUAAAGGCUAUGCAAUACCCUUUUUUACUUCCAAAUAUACCCUUUCAUAUUUCAUUGAUAUAACUUUAUUGUCCGUGUCAAACACUAGCACCGUGCUAAUUUUCUUUUCUCCUCCCAGUUUAUUGAAGUGGAGAAUAAUUAACUAUAACCGCAUAGAAAACCGACACAAACAAGCAUAUACGUGAUAUAACCGCAUUCCAAUUAUGUUAAUUACUAAGGUUAAAAAUAAUUAAAAGAAAUAAAUAGUAAAUAGGAGGAGUUAUUAGAAGUUGAAUUGAUAGAAUUAAUUAUAAUAAUAAUUAACUGUAAUAAGACAGAGCGAAAGAACAAAAAUAGAAAAGCAGAUUGAUUGAUCCAUUCCUAUUCUUACGCUCUAAUCUAAUCUAUAAUCUAAUAUAAUCUUCUCCUUUUCCUUUUACCACUCUCCAUAUAUAGUUUAUUACAUUUUGAACGGUACACAGAAAGAAAAAUAGAUCAAGGAAAUUAUGGGGGACGAAUCUCCAAAGAAUAAAGUCAAGUUCCUUUGCAGUUACGGCGGAAAGGUUCUUCCCCGUCCCUCCGAUGGCGUCCUCAAGUAUGUUGGCGGCGAGACUCGCGUCAUUUGUGUCCCUCGUGACGUCACUUUAUCCGAGAUGAUGAAGAAAGUGAGUGUGAUGGUUGAUGGAGAUGUUGUAUUAAAGUACCUGCUGGUUCCUGAAGAACUUGAUACAUUAGUAUCAGUUAGAACGCAGGAAGAUUUAAAGCACAUGAUUCAAGAACACGAUCGACACGAAAGUGGAGGAUCCCCAUUGCUUCGUGCUUUUCUAUUCCCUUCCAAACCACUUGUCAUUGAAUCACAGAAUCAAUUGCAAUUGCAAUUGCAAUCACAAUCACAUCCACUGUCUCUUGAACCAUAUUUCUUGGAACAGCGUUACAUUGAUGCCAUCAAUGGAAUCAUCAGGACAAGUCCCAGGGCUAAGUUCUCAACACGCUCUGCAUGUUCAUCACCAAAAUCAAUAUCGCCGGAUGGACAUACUACCACGGAAUCUCCGUUCCAAGGUUCACAGCAGUUGCAGAGUAGGACGACAAUGCAAAGAGUGAGAAGUUCUCCAAGUUUAUCAAACCUUAAUACACAAGCAUCAACGCAGUUUGAUCAUGGUGUUAGCAGUAGUCAUUAUCACCAUCAUCAUCCUCUUAUAUCUACGUUUAGACCAAUACAAGAACAGGGAAUGGGAAUGGGAAUGGGAAGGCCACCUCAAAUGAACAUGAAUAUGAAUAUGAAUAUGAUCACAACAGAUAGUAAUAGUAAUAAUAAUAAUAUGAGUGGAAGUAGGGGUAUGAGUUACUAUUAUUCCACAAACAACAGACCGCAUAAUAAACCCUAUGCAUACCAUGAUGAUUCCACAGGUCAUGUUAUGGUUGAAAGAGUUCACAGCAUCCCCCGGAGUCCAAGAAUGUCUAUAUGGGAAUGAAUUCAUCCUAACUACAUUAUUUGUUUUAACAAUAUACAUAUUAGAACAAUAGGAUCAUGUGCUCUUGUAAAUCGCUCAAUUGUGUAAAUAAUAUUUUUGUUUUAGUGGUGCACUAAUAUUACUUUCAUUUUUAUGUUAAAAAAUUGGUUUCUCGUGUUCCAUGGAAGAUCAGAGGCUUAAAGUGCUUCAAUAAGUACAGAUUCUCAUCAACUUUGCAACACCAUAUAAUCAUUGCCAUGAGUAGAAAUCAGAAUACGUCCUCCAUGAGGAAAUGGAUCAAAUAUCAACGAGGCCAAUUGGUACUUCGAGCAAAUAUAAAAUGGCUAAAAUCAAACAUAUCAGUAGUAUGGUAAUAAACGUCAGUUGCCCUCUUUAUAAUCCUCUUUCUUCUAUACGAAACUCACGGAACUUACCAAUCUGACACUAUCAUCCAUACAAACUUAUACUUUCUGUUAAUAUAUAUGCAACAACCAUUCUUGUUUCUUAUUAAUUGAAAGCAAGAGCACCAGAUGUACCAUUUCCAUGAAAAUAUGCAGGCUCGUAUCUUUUUUUACGUGUACAGAAAAUUAUUUUAUUUUUCUCAUCUCGUAUUAAGACAAUAUUCAGCCUGUAAAUUCCAUCCACAGUACCUAUAUUUCACAGACAAAAUUUCCAAAGGUACAGAAACGAACGUCAAUGAGCA